AUUCUAGAGCAGCUAUAAAAAAUGCCUAUAAUUUAGUUGAAUUAAUAAAAUUGGUGUAUUUUAGUGUAAAAUAACAUAUAUAAAGUUAAGUUUUGUUUUGUAUACUGUAAUUACAUAUGCCAAGCAGAAAAAAUAUACGUUGUUUAGUAUAUGAAAAAAAAUUUGCUGCACAACAAUUGAGGACAAAUUGGGUGAAUGCUAUAUAGCUCACAAAACUUUUAAUUUUAUAACCUUUUCACAUUAACAUGGACAACAGAUUACAAGCUACAGAGGAUGACGAUAGCGACAAUGAUAUAGUCACUGAUUUUAUUAAUUCCAAUUGUUUGAACAGAACUUCUACCGAAAUCACAAAUCCCACAGUUGCCCAAAUUUCAAACACAAAUAAAAAUUCAACAAAUUCAAAUAAUUUCUGCAUUGAGAGCAAAAAUUAUUGUAUGCCUAUAAUACAGGCGCCUCUUAUUUCUUAUAAUAAAAGUGUAAUUAACAAUAACAUGAUACCUAUAAUAAACGUAACACCACAUAGUCCAGCAUCGGCUACUAAAUACAAUAACAUAUUCGAGGAUACUCUUAAUCAGUUGCAAAAUAUACGUGAAAGUGUUGUGCAAAUGAAAAAUUCCAGUGUACAUAUGCAUGACGUUGCUUCUAAUUAUGGAUUAAUGAAUGGAGCUGUUUUAAGCACAUCCCUACCAGAUUUGAGUAGUGGAAAUGUAAGUGUCAAUGGCCCAAAUUUUGCUGUGUGGUCAACGCAACAACAAUAUUUGCUUAACACUGAUCGUCGUAAGUCAUGGACAGCUGUGGAUGAUUUAACUGCGGGUGACUGCACAAACAAAAGUGUUAGUUUAUCAAGUCUUGACAGCGAAGAACAGGAAACAAUGCGUGUUGCCGAACAACGUAGAAGAUCGACUCGAAAUAGUACAGGAGGUAUUUCAACACAUUCUCUAAAUGAAGCUGAACUAGCACGAGACUUUGAACGCAUUGCUGCAAAACGUAAUUUAGCAACUGAAAUUAUUAGUCGCAUUCCAUUGCAAAAAAGUAUAUCAACUUCGUCGAUAGUACCCAAAGAUGAGCCUAAAUCGAUCGCUCGCCAUUUGACGGAUAGCGAAGAUGAAAAUCAAAAUUUAUUACGAGCACACGCCAAAAUUGAAGUUUAUGACAAUGUAGAGAAAAGACGUAAACGUGGCUCACUUUUCUUUCGUAAAAAGAAGGAUAAAACUAAAAUGAAAGCAUUAGGUCAAAUAGUGUGUGAUACUUGCGGGGCAAAUAUUUUACUCGUCAAUAUUAAGGAACAUCAGUUAGAAUGUAAGAAUAAAAAAACUGGCAUUCAGAAAAUGUCCUUCAGCUCUAGUAAUAAAAGAAGUAUUAGCGGUGCGGGAGAUAAAAAUGAUGUUGGACAAGAUUAUUAUGAUGGUGCGGAUCACAGCGGUAAUUUUAAUGAUGAUGCACCACUUAUACGUUCAGAGUUUUUGAAUGAUCCACAAAUUGAAGUGCAAGAUUUGGGUGCUGAUCCCAUGCUUGGUAUUGCACUCGAAGAGCACGAUUCGUGGUCACCUAGUGUACCCAAAGAAGUACUUAAGUCUCUUAAAGAAAAACAAAUAAAACGUCAAGAGCAUAUUUAUGAAUUUAUUAUGACCGAAAAGCAUCACUGUCAAACAUUAUUGGUCAUGCAAAAAGUUUUUGUGGAAAGCUUAGAGCGCCAUUUUCCAGCGCUUAAUAUUAACAAAAUGUUUCCACGUUUGGCUGAGUUAACUGAAUUACAUAUAACAUUUUUAUGUAAAUUAAGACAAAAACAACGCGAGCAAUAUAUAGUAAACAGCAUUGCUGACGUACUACUUGAUUUUUUUUCACAGGAAAAGGCGCACCAUUUACGAUUAGCUUAUGGUGAAUUUUGUGCAAAUCAUCGUACUGCACUUGAACAAUUUAAAACGUGUAUUACAAACCGUGAUCAAACAUUUGCUGAAUGGUACAAGCAUUGCUUAACAAAUCCUUUACUUAAGAAAAAGGGUAUACCAGAAUGUAUUUUAUUUGUAACGCAGCGCCUUACAAAAUAUCCGUUGCUAAUUGAGCCUUUGCUUAAGAGUGCACGAGAGGACAAACUAGAAUGUGAUAAGCUACAGCAUGCAUUAAACCUUGUGAAGUCGCUAUUGGUCGAUGUAGAUGCUUGUGUAGCUGAAAAAGAAUUAAGAGAGCGGCAAAUAGAAAUUUUUAAUCGGGUAGAUCCCAAGUCAUUUUCCAUAUAUAAAAAUAAACCAUUCCGUAAAACUGAUAUAGGCGUUGAAUCACGCCGGCGACUUAAAUUCGAAGGUCAGGCAACUCUUAUGCAAGGUCGCUCAAAAAUGCAAAUGGUAUUAGUAGUUGUGCUAACAGAUUGUUUGUGCUUCCUUUUUGAGUCAUCACAUAAUAAAUAUACAUUUUUUACUCCAGAACAUAAAGCAGGUGUAGUACCCUUACAGAAGUUACUAAUUCGAGAAAAGGCUGGAACAGAGUCACCAGGCAUUUAUAUUAUUUCAUCGAAUCCAUCUUUUCCAGAAAUGUAUGAAUUAAAAGUGCAAAAACCAAAGGAUAAAAAUGUUUGGAUACAAUCUAUUCGGCAGGCAGUUAUUGAAUGCCCAUCAUCCGAUGUUAUCGAAGCUGAAGAUCUCACUGCUGAAGAAAAAUUGCGUAUAGGUGUCAAUAAACGUGAGCUAAUUGAAAAAAUGCGCCAAAAAGAUAUUGAGUUGGCUCUUCUGCUAGAAGAAAAAAUUAUUUUACAAUUAAACUUGAUAAAAGAACAGAAAAAAUUCGAAGAAUCUCAAAACACUGGUAGCCAUAACAGCAAUAGUGUAGUAAGUGCAGCUAAUUUCUUAGCGGCGUUUGGUACUUACAAAAAUUUAAUUGGGGUUGACUGUGAUACAACGGAGCUAUGGAAGCGUAUUCUAAGUAAUGUGCAAGAUAUAAGUCAAUUAGCGUCGACUGUUUAUACCGCAGCUACAGGCCUGUCUGUUUCACGUUCUAUCAGUUCCGUAGGUGAGAAGCAAAGUGAAUAUUUCUAUUCACCUACGUUACCGAAGCGCGCUGAAACUUUUGCUGGUUUUGAUGAAAAACGAGCAAAGAAUAUAUUUCCUUGUCGUGAUGUGGCAAAACUUGCAACAAUGCAAGUGAUGACACCGCGACUACAGGAAUUAGAAGAAAAACGAGAACUCAAAACUACGAACAGUACUGUAGUAUCAAGUGGUAGUAAUACAAUCAACACUAUUAAUGCAUCCUCAAUAUUACAAACGAGUAAUGACAUAACAGAGCAAAUGCUUAAUGAUGAACUUACACUCAAAGAUCACAACUGUGCUGCAUUGCAAAUAACACAUCACCUGAACACAUUACUUUGUAUAUUAUCACAACAGAUGACCACAAUACACAGCUUGCAGCAGCAGUUGGCUUUGUACAGAGAAAGCUCCCGCACAGCCUAUACCCACAAUGAUCAGUUAGAAGAAUUACGCAAUUUGCAGGAUAAAUUGCAAGAGGAA